AUGACCAGCAAGCCCACCGCGCGCAAAAUAAAUCCAAACAUCAAUACAUCCAUCCAACCCAGUCAGCGAAGACUCAUCCUGCCAUUGCCCCUUUUUACGGCGCCAAGAUUGCAACAUUACCACGUGCGAAUUCGAAAUCCAGAGUCCGAAUGCCUGCGAGUUUGCAUGUGUGCGAGGGAGUUUGAAAUAGGUACUCGACUCACCUACCUGACUUCUUAA